UAAACAGCGCCGCACCCCCAAAGUCGCGCUGAAGCCCCGCCCACGGAGCGCCGCCCAUCGGUACCGGCGGCCCGUUCUCGGCUGCGCUGCUUCCCGUCGGCGGCUCUCUGUGCACCGUAAUAGACAGACAUGGCUUCGGAUGGCAUGGACGAGCGGUCCCCGCUGCUGUCAGUCCCGGACUCGGGCAGCGUAACUCCCACGGCGCCGCCGUACCUGCAGGACGGCAGCCCGAGAGCGGAGCUUCCUCCCCCUUACACGGCCAUCGCGAACCCCGAUGCCGCGGGCGUCCCCGUCAUCAACUGCCGUGUGUGCCAGGCCCUCAUCAACCUGGACGGGAAGCUCCAUCAGCACGUGGUCAAAUGCACGACUUGCAAUGAGGCCACGCCAAUCAAAAACCCACCAAAUGGAAAAAAGUAUGUGAGAUGCCCAUGUAACUGUCUGCUAAUCUGCAAAGACACGUCUCGGAGGAUAGGAUGUCCACGACCUAACUGCAGACGCAUCAUCAACCUGAGCCCGGUGAUGGUGAUUCCGGAGGAGCAGCCCGCCCAGCCUGCCCUCCCCGUGCAGCCCGAGGGCAUGCGUGUGGUGUGCGGACACUGCGGCAACACUUUCCUGUGGAUGGAGCUGCGAUUUAACACACUGGCAAAGUGUCCACACUGUAAAAAAAUAUCCUCUGUGGGCAGCGCCCUUCCACGACGGCGCUGUUGUGCCUACAUCACAGUGGGCAUGAUCUGUAUCUUCAUCGGGAUUGGCUUAACUGUGGGCACGCAGGACUUCGCUAGACGCUAUCACGCUACAUACGUAUCCUGGGCCUUCGCCUACCUUCUGGGCCUGGUGUGCCUGGUGCGGGCGUGUUACUGGGGCGCCAUCAGAGUCAGCUACCCCGAGAACAGCUUCGCGUAGAUGGGGUCUAGCAGGAAGCACCUGUCCCCUGCAGCUUGUUUAGGCCCAGGAAACCCCAAUCCAACCCAGGUUGUCAUGGUCACAGUCAAAUACCACAUAUUUACUGUACAGUAAGUGAUUGUCCAAUGUACUCAUUCAUUUGGUUGGUGGUGUCAUGACCAAACAGUUUUUUCCAUUUACUCAAAUAAUGAAUAACGUACUAAAAGUAGUCUUAAUAAUUGUGUUGAUUUGAUGGUCAAACUGUUAGACACACCUCUGGAUUUGGGCUAUCUAGGGCUGGGACCUGCUCUUACUCCCUGGAUAUUUUCCAGUUUUAAGUAUUAUGUUUUGUUACCAACUUGACCAAAUGAGGUUAACCUUGUAAGAACUGCCCAUUGCACUACUGUUUUAUGCAAUCAUGAUCAGCUGCUAGAAUGGCCAGCUCUGAUUGGCUGAGAGGUCAUGCAUUACGUCAGAAGGUCCCACCGUUUUUAUUUUCAGUGUGUAGUGAACUUGUAGACAUUUUAAUUGCUAGAAUGGCCGGCUCUGAUUGGCUGUGAGGUCACAUGUCAUGUUGGAAGGUCCCACCCUUUUUAUUUUCAGCCUAGUGAACUUCUAAACAUUUUAUUUGUAUGGUGUGCCUGUGCUGUAUGAUGGGCAUCCAGGGCACCGCUGGUUUACAUCUGGGUCUGUGUCUUCAUGCUGAAUUACACCAUCCUGCUUUGUUUCAUUUCAAAGAAUAAAUCUGGUUUGUCAUUUUGAGAAGUGUGUUUGCACCAUACUGUAACAUUUUAAUUGCCUUUGAAAAGUAGACAGUUUUUCGAAAGGCAUUGGAAUUGCUUUUGCAUGACUUUACUUUUUUUAAAAGAAGAAAAAGUCUGGUAAUUUUGUGUUCAUGGCCCUGACGAAACAGUCUGAGACCCCAUCUCUGCCCCCGGUUGUGGAUUGCAUUCUGUAAAUCCUUCCCGCUUAAAGCUUGAUUCUUGGAUUGCUAGAUUUCCUAUAGCAUUACAGUAGUACUACAUUUUGUUGCGAAAAUGGGCACAAUCGUGUUCUGAAUGUGGAGAAACACACGCUUUGUACAUAAUACACAGAACCAGUUGUUUGAGUUGGAAUAUGGCGUGGGUCUUUUUAAAAAGGAUAAUUUAUCAAUAAAAACUCUAAAACAUU